CUUGCCUUUCCUCUCACCUAGUUCUGGUGCUGCUGAAUGUUACUUUGACCGACGCGCUCGCCUAGGCAAUGGGUGGUCCUUUCAACGCUCCUGAAGUGGUCCUGGAUGGUUUCAAGGAGCGCGCCGAGUCUCUGACCGUCCACGCCGACAGACUAUACAUUGGAACGUCUACUGGGAACCUACACGUGUACUCCUUUGAGGAGACCUCAGACUCCCUUGUGGAGCUCGUGGACACUAGGAAGUCGCUGUGCAGAAGGAGCAUCGAUCAGCUAGCAUAUAUCAAGGACGUGAAUUCCCUGCUCGUUCUAUCCGAGGCACAGCUCACUCUCUUCCCUUCCCCUGUCUUUUCCCCUCCAACGCCCCUCGUCAAGACCAAAGGUGCCCUUUGCUUUGCGCUACGCACCGGAGUUGAGUACCUGGAUGGCGAUGUCAUCAUUCCUUCGAGUCCUGGCAUCCCGGGGAAGGGCAAGGGCGUACCGGCCCUGGUGACGAAGCUCGCCGUUGGAUGCAAGCGAAAGAUCGUGCUCUAUUCAUGGAGAGAUGGCGAGCCUCAGGAACCUCAAGAAAUAACCGCCUUGGCGCACUCCCCGAGGGCAAUCGCCUUUGUCAAUGGGGAGACGUUGUGCUGGGGACACACGCCGACAGAUUACUGCAUUACCUCGCUAAAGACGUCCGUCACCGUCGAUGUCACUACCCCUAUUCCCCCUGUCACCUCAGGGAGCGGCAUUAGCACUAUGGGCAUGGGCGCGCUCUCCGGACUCGGUGGCUAUAUGACCCUAGGCUUGGGGGCGAAGGCAAAACCUAAUGUGACAGGCGUGAAUGAUGUCGAAGCAUUGAUUGCGAAGGACAAUAAUGGGUUUUUGGUGGGAGCUGACGGUAAGCCUCUAAGGAACGAGUCAAUCGAUUGGCCAGCACCACCAGACGAGAUAGCCCUCGUCAAACCCUACGUCUUCGCAAUACUCCCCCCGGGCACGGUGCCUGCGUCUCAACUGGACAGCGUCCCGGGGGCGUCUACGUUCAUCGCAACCCCAGUAAUUGAGAUCCGAUCAUCUAUAUCCCUCUCUCCGGUCCAGACGAUACCCUUCCCCCCUGGUCCUCUCACCGCAUUCGCUACGGUGGCCACACAUACGAUCCGCCUAUUGACCCCUUCGCCAUCCGCGAAGGCUCCUCUCUUUGUCGUCAGUACGCCCCUCGACCGGACGGCAGCAACCAACAGCGGCAGCGCGAUAUGGUGCUUCCGCAUGAAGCCGUGGAACCAGCAAGUCGACGAGCUCGUGGACGCAGGAGCGUACGCAGAUGCCCUCUCGCUUCUAGAAUCACUCGACUCUGCUCUCGUCGCCGACAAGGAACAAAGACACAAGCAAAUUCGUGCCCUCCAAGCCGUGGACUACUUCCGGAGUGCGAAGUACGACCAGGCCAUCGACGCCUUCCUCGAGCUCGAUGUCAACCCUGCAAAAGUAGUCGCGUUAUAUCCAGAGAGCAUCGCAGGACGGCUCUCGGUGCCUCAGGAUGAGUGGAUACCUCUGUACGGCGGGCCGAAGCCGAAGAAGCGGGAUCAGUUCGCAUCUCCGCCAGAACCAGCAGCGAAAGCCGAGGAUCCUCAGAAGCCGGACCAGGAAGGGGCUUCGUCCAGCGUAGGCUCUCCACCGCGGGCUCCGACUCCCCAAGGCUCGAUUCGGGGUGUGCUCAAGACCGGAUUGGAAGGGCUCGUUUCUGCGGCGAAGGACGACGACGCAGCUUCAAUACGAAGCGUACGUCGCCCACCCAGACCCGACAACUUCCACCGCUCGAUUGAGACGCUCAUGCGUUACCUCUCCGACCGCCGGCCCAAGAUCGCGGGCGCACUGUCUGCGUUCCACAUCACCCCGACUCAGUCGCACGAGAUGCCACACUUAUCUACGACGUCCGUCGAGGACCUGCUUAACCUCCCCAACGCCCCGUUGUCUGCGCUCACUCCAGAAGAACUCGUGCGGUUUGCGCAGAUAGUCGACACGGCGCUUUUCAAGUCGUAUUUGCUCGUUCGUCCAGGGUUGCUCGGACCGCUCUGUCGUGUCGGCUGGUGUGAGGUGUCGGAGGUCGAGGAGCUCCUCCGUGAACGUGAGAAAUACCAAGAGAUGAUCUCGUUGUACAACGGCAGGAAGAUGCAUGGCAAGGCACUUGAUCUCCUCCGACAACUGAGCGAGAAGGAGUCGGACCCGCGUGAUAUACUCAUGCCCACCGUCAACUACCUACAGCGCCUUGGUCCGGAGCAUAUAGAUCUGAUAUUCGAGCACUCGAGAUGGGCGUUCGAGCAGGAUCGUGACAUCGCCUUCGAGAUCUUCACCUCCGAGGAGGUCGAGCUACCGAAAGGACCCACAGCAGACUUCCUCGAGCGCCUGGAUCCGGCCAUCUGUGCUCGGUACAUCGAGUUCCUCAUAUCCGAACGCGGAGAGACAUCGCAGGAGUUCCACGAUCGUCUCGCCGAGCUGUACCUCCGCAUGACCAUGGCCGCGAAGAGUCGGGGGGACGACGGCGCGCGCAAAUCGGUGUACGAGAGGCUCCUGAAGUUCAUUGACACCACCGACCACUACUCAGCCGACCGCCUGUUCGCCAUGCUCCCUUCCGAAGACCUCUUCGAGGCCAAGGCCCUCCUCCUCGGCCGGCUCGGCCGCCACGACAGCGCCCUCGAAGUCUACGUCUACCGCCUGCAAGACUUCCCCAAGGCGGAGGAGUACUGCAAGCGCGUGUACCAGCCCGGCGCCGGCUCGCCCACCGCCGCCGUCUUCCUCACCCUCCUCCGCAUCUACCUCCUCCCGGGCCCCGCCGCGCCGCCCGCAGCGAGCCUCCUCCCGCCCGCGCUCGAGCUCAUCAGCCGGCACAGCCCGCGCCUGGACCCCGUCGCGACGCUGCAGCUCCUCCCGCCGCUGGUGACGGCGCAGGACGUGGGCGCGUUCCUGCUCGAGGCGCUGCGGGAGCCGCUGUUUGACACGCGCGUCGUGCGCAACGUCGCCAAGGCACGCCAAGAGCAGGUUGCGCGGAGACUCAUAGCGCUGCAGUCGAAGCGUGUGAGGAUCACGGAGAGUAGGAUUUGUCCACAGUGCCAUAAACGUCUAGGUGGCAGCGUCAUUGCCGUCCAUGCGCCUCACGGUGAGGUGACGCAUUAUCAAUGCCGAGAAGCAUUCGCUCGCAAGCAGAAGGAAGCUCGGAUAUGA